CUUUCGAUCUACCUCACUAAAUCACUCGGCGGAUGUACCUGGCUCCCCAUUCAAGAGAUACUCUCUGAAUUCCAACAACUCAAUAUUCUGUAUUUAAUGCCAAUUUAAGUCAUAAGCCGGGCCAAAUAAUGUAAACCGGUUAUAGAAUCGGAUUAAGCGCGCUAGCCAAGAUCGUUAGUUACUAGUAGAGAGCUACCUUGAUGGCCGGAGUUGGAUAGCCACUUCGUGACUGGAGCCCGCUUGGAAUGGUCCGAUCAAGUUGGUCGAAAGUGAGAGUACUCCCGUUGCUGUGGUUCCUGUUCCACGGGAUUCCCCUGCUGGCCAUUCGCCUGCAGCCCUGCGAACUAGCUGGCCAACUCUACAUACUGGAUGUCCCGAAAUCGGAAUUACCCCUAUGGCUUUGUAUUGCCGAAUUCGAGAGCCGCUUCAACACGCACGUUGUGGGCCAGGCCAAUGCGGAUGGAUCCCGGGACUACGGACUUUUCCAGAUCAGCGAUCGCUACUGGUGUGCGCCGCCGAAUCGAACGGAAUACUAUGCAUUCAACGAUUGCAAUGUGAAUUGCACUCGACUUCUGAGCGACGACAUCACCAUGGCCGUCCAGUGCGCCCGGCUCAUCCAGAAGCAACAAGGCUGGACGGCCUGGUCCGUUUAUCCGGAGUUCUGCAAUGGCACAUUGGAUGCCAUCGAUGUGUGUUUCCAGCCAGGGAACGCCACAGAUUCUGUGGCCAGCGACGAGCUGGCAGAGGUCAAAGAUUGAUAGAGAUUGUCUGCCCAUUAGGUCAUCACUGCCGAAAUAUGAGAAUUUAUGUAUGCGAAAUUAAAAUCUUAAUUACCGUUUAAA